UCCCUGCCCGUCGAGGAAGCCGAAUCGUAAACAAACUGCAGUUGAGCCCGAGAAUCACGGAAAGCGAUGUCGUCUUCAUAAUUCUAAGAUAUUUACAUGACUUAUCGUGGCUCAUCAGUUUUUAGUCAUGGCAACAGAGGAGCUCCUGGCAUCAAUAGAAAUUUAUCAAAAACAGUUGAAGGAGAUUGAAGGGGCACUAUCAUCAGCUGAGGAGGCAGAGAAACAGCAGCUUCAAGAACUUCAGGCAAACCUCUUGCAGUUGCUGGAUCUCACAUUGCAGCAACUGAACCAGCAGUCGCAGCUAAAGGAGGAGGAGCCUCAGCAGCACACUUCAGGCAGUCGAAACUCAGAUGACUCCAGCCAGUCAGCCUCUGACAAGUCUUCUUCAUCUUGCGAUGAUAAGAAUUUGGAUGAUGAAUUUGCAUUGUUUCAGUCAGAGAUUGCAGACAUUGCAGGUACAGCAGGUGAGGAGGAGAAGGCAGAUUCCAAAUACUCCAAGGAAGAACUGUUGGCCGUAGAGGGAACACACUGCCGAGCCCCUUUCGUGGAGAAGUGGGGCGGCCACACAUAUCAUAAUGCAGUUGUCCUCAGCAUUGUUACACAGGAUGAUGGAGACAUUGACUUGAAUGAGCCUGAGGUCCAAGUGCUGUUUAGUCAGCCUACCUGCAGAGAAAUGUUAACUUGUCGUUUUUUCUUGUCUGGAAGGUGCAAGUAUUCAGACGAUAAGUGUCGUUUCUCUCAUGGGAUGAAGGUGCCAUUUUGUGACAUCAAGGAAUAUAGGGACCCAGACCUCAGUGCUCUAGACUCUGGAAGCCGUGUCUUGGUACAGCACACAGAUGACCUCUGGACAAAUGCCACAGUGCAGGAUAUACUGGAGGAUAGAUCAGCCUUUUGUGUGAAAAUGGAUCAUAGUAAAGCUGUGGCGGAAGUGAAACCCAACCAGAUUAUUCCCCUUCACCAAGAGGAAGAGGACACUGAGAAAUAUGAGGCUGACAGUCCUAGUGAAGAAGACAGCAGUGAUGAUGAACAGACAGUGUUCGUCCCAACAACAAACUGGUUACAGAAUUCAUUUUCACAGCGACUUGGCGAGUGGGAAAAACAUACUAAUGUAAGCUUUGUUAAAAAUAUGUUCUCUGCAUUCACUUUGUUUCUUACUAGGGACCCAGACCUCAGUGCUCUAGACUCUGGAAGCCGUGUCUUGGUACAGCACACAGAUGACCUCUGGACAAAUGCCACAGUGCAGGAUAUACUGGAGGAUAGAUCAGCCUUUUGUGUGAAAAUGGAUCAUAGUAAAGCUGUGGCGGAAGUGAAACCCAACCAGAUUAUUCCCCUUCACCAAGAGGAAGAGGACACUGAGAAAUAUGAGGCUGACAGUCCUAGUGAAGAAGACAGCAGUGAUGAUGAACAGACAGUGUUCGUCCCAACAACAAACUGGUUACAGAAUUCAUUUUCACAGCGACUUGGCGAGUGGGAAAAACAUACUAAUGGCAUUGCUUCGAAACUGAUGGCCAAAAUGGGCUAUGUUAUUGGGACAGGCUUAGGCCCAACUGGCGAAGGACGAGUAGAACCUGUUUCUGCAUAUGUUUAUCCUCAGGGAGUUUCUCUUGAUCGGUGCAUGGAGCUUCGUGAGGCUUCAAAUGGUGAAGAGAUGCUGCAGGUAGAGAAGCGAUUGGACAGACAACGCAGGAUUGAAGAAGCAAAGUCUGUGCAGGCAGCCGAGAGAUUACGUGCCAGGACAUCUGUUUUUGAUAUCAUAAAUAAGAAAUUAGGAAGCAAAGGACAAGAGACAGAGGACGAUGAAGCAGCCCCAAAGCAGCGAUUAAAUGUCUGCAAGACAGUCCUUCAGAAAGACACUAACAAGGAUCUAAACCGGAAGAAUUACCAGUUAAGUGAGAACAUUCGUCAACUGCAAAGAGAGAUCACCAAGUUGGAGGGAUCACGAGAUCGUCAGAGUGGAAACAAAACGGCUGCAGAUAUCAUUAGCACCAAAAUACUGGCUAAGAAAGCAGAACUACAGCGAGCACAGGAUGCGGAGCGAAAGGUCCAAGGGGAGCAGCAAAGCAGAAGAGAUGCUAAAAAAUUUAGUGUGUUCUAAAAGGGUUAUUGUUCAUGUUAGAAUCAACUCACCUCAUUUGUAUAUAUUUUCAUGAAUAGGAAUUUGCAGAGUGCUUUUAAUUGCUGUCCUAUCUGGAUUAUCAUUAUUACUAUUUAUUAUUACAAAUAUUAUCAUUAUUAACCCAAUGCCGCCACGGAAAAUGAACAAAAAAUGGGGAAAAUACUGUGCUCAUUUUUUAUAUUUUUGUGAAAUGUCUCUGCACAUAGAUGGCUCUGCUAUUGCUUAGCCACAAAGGAGUCAGUUAGUAGCCCUUGUGACCUUACCUGAUUUCACCUUUCCUUGAAUUAGUGGGAAAAACAUUUUUACUAGUGCUAUGAAUAUCAAUGGUGUUAUUUUUAUUAUAAACAUUAUAAUUACUGUAAUGUUAUAAACAUUAGUAACAGCAAAAUAAGAUAGUGUUAAACAUUUUCCUAAAUCAAGGAAAAGGGUAAACGGGCGAUACAGGCAGUACUCGUAAUUGGCUCAUUGGUACAAUUGCAGCCAUAUAUGUUGUAAAACAAUUAAACAAGUAAACUCCCAGUGGGCAUGGCAUGUACGUACAUGCCAUGCUCGUCGGCAAUGGGUUAAGUCAUAUGUUAUGUUUGUAGUAUUUACCUCAUGCUUUAUAUGAAGGAUAAUUAGAUAUAAUACAAGUGUAAGUAACCAUGAAAUGCAUAUACAAUAUAAUGAUAAUGACAAUAAAUUUUGUUUUUAAA